AUGACGAACUCAUCCGAAGCUCUCGCACAAAACAAGCUAGAUAAAGCACGAGAGAAGUUGCUUUGGGCAAAGCACAGAAAUGCCCGGUUCUCACAAGCCGAAAAAGACAUCAAACGUGAAGAAGAUCGACUAGAAGAGCAGAAGCGAUGGCUCGCCACGAGGCGCUUGAUGCUACAUGGGCAGUACAGCGAUUGGCUGAACGAUACCAUCGUCAAUCGCACCAUAAUCCCAUACUGCAAGAUCUGGAAUCAAAACCUUGCAGCCCAAAUGCAAGAUCGUUUGCCACGAGAGAUCCGAGACAUGAUAUAUCAGCACCUAUGGCACUAUGAUCCCGACAGAACAUCCCCCCAUCUGCUGGCGCGACAGCAUGUCAAGCAACACUACACCUUCACAUGCCCCUACUGUCCACCAGACACGAUUGCAAUGUUCCCACGCCUCAUAGACAUUGCUCAAUGCAUGUUCCGUGCGGAAGAUGGCGAUCUCAGUCAGUUGUUUGAUCAUUCUGCUCUCCCACACUAUCUAUCCCCAGACUACGUCGGCGACCUUACUGCACAUGAGAUCGGAGUUUCAUUCUACAAGUCUCUCAAUGAAGAAGAUCUCUUACAAUGCCAAUCGAGUCGCAUUGAGUUAGUCCUGCAAAACGACGCUUUUCAUCUCGGCCUCCCUACAAUAGAACUGAUCCGAAGUCUGACAGUUCAUUGCAAUAUCGAUCGCUACCGUACUCCGCCACAGCAACACGCUCUUUCUUCCAAAUGUAGACAUACCUUAAGCGAAACAGCACUAGUUCGCAGUGGGUUAUUGUUUGACGACUUCUGCAGCUUACUUGAUAUCAAGAACAAGAAGGACUUCAAACUUCACGUUAUCAUGCACCAAUGCUAUAUUCGCUUGAAUGUUCUAGAGGAAGCAAUCGAAGCACUCCGAUCGGUGCUGGAGAGCUUUUUGCGAGAUGGCUCCUUUCUCACAGUGACCUGGACCUAUCGUGGGCACUGGGAUAAUGCAAUGGGUCCUCCUUGUCAUCAACUAGUUUCUUGUGAAAUAACACACGCCUUGGAUGCGUCCAAUGACCCAUUGUUAGAUGACCCAGAAUGGAAACUGGAUCUAUACGAAGUCUUGGAUCAGGCUGAAGACAUCAUUAUGCCGGAACACGCAAAGUUCGAUGUCGAGCCUGCCAAUGUUUCAAAGACUUCAAAUCGCAGCGCAAUCAACCGUUUUGUGCACAACAUGUACGACUUGAGCGAGAUACAUAAUCUGGCUGUGAUGAACGUCAUCACUCAGGGUACAGAUGUUCCAUCCGAGUCCGAGGUAGAAUCUGAUGUCAGUGAUGGCUGCAAAUUUGGUCUUUGUGCUCAUGAAGAUGAUGAAGAACUGUGA